GUAAGGGAAUUGCGGGGAGUUGCAGCCUCUCUGUGUAUAAUACGGCUCUACCUGUAAGGGAGUUGCAGGGAGUUGCGCCUGUAAGUGAAUCUGCUACUGAAUGUUUUUCAUUAUUCCAAGCAUCUGCCCGAACCUGUUUGUGCUCAGGGUGGGGUCUCCCCAAACUCUACGUGGGUUUUAGUUUCCCUUUGUGCCGCACAAUAAGGUAAGUGACUAUAUCCACGGGCUCAGCCCCAUUAUUGCAAUGAUUACACCCCCUUAUUGUUUGGUGCCUGAGCCCCCAAUGAGGAGGCUGGGGGGGGGUGCUGAGGGUGCCUGGGGGUUCAUUUGUCAGUCGCACACAGGCACAGACAGCUGCUGAUGGAGCCGGACGCGGUCACAUAAAGGGAAGAUUUAACCCUUCCCGUGCCUUUACGUUCUGAGUGACAUAAAGCAGGACCCUAUUGCACUCUUUAACUCUUUGUGUGCCUGUAGUGUAAAACUAGUUUUGUGCUCAGUUAGGGGUGACUCUGGCAGACAUCUUGCUUUUAAAGGGACAGUUCACCUUUGGAAUAAUGCAGACAGUGAUAUCCUGAGCCAAUUUGCAAGUGGUCAUCUUUUUUUUUUAAUUUUUUGUGGUUUUUUUGAAUUAUUUAUUUUGUUUAGCAGCUGUCCAGUUUGGAAUUUCAGCGACUGGCUGGUUGCUAGGGUCUGAUAUUCCCUAGCAACCAGGCAGUGAUUUGAUUGAGAGGCUGGAAAAUGAAUAGGAGAGGGCCUAAAUGGAAAGAUAAUAAAAGCAAUAACAUUGUAGCAUCACAAACGAACAAAAUAGCUUUUUGGCUGCCGGGGUCAGUGCAGAAGAAGAAGGCAAAUGAUUUGAGAACUAUAAAAAAUGACCAGUUGCAUAGUUGCUGUGAAUAGCCAGAUACCGUUACCCACUAAUUCCCUUCUAUUCACUUCUUAUCAGUCGAGGGGGGGGUGUAAUGGUUCUAAAUAUUACAGAUUGUUGGAGAGGGUAUAGUUCUCCUUUAAACCAGCCAUGGAGUUCUUUACUUUCCCUUGCUGACCCCCACAGUUACUAAGAAUGGGAUCUUCCAUCAUUAUGGGUACAGUCAAACCCCCGUUGCUUAUCACUUAUCUGCUUUUGUUUGUUACAGGCCCCUGAGAAGAGACACAGAAUGGCGGAGUUCCGUGGGAAAGUGGUCACUGAUGAGGACCUCAAGAAGUUCCGCCAAAGGAUAUCUCAGUAUGAAUGGCACCAGUUGGGACUAUUCGACGAGUAUUUCCUAGAGGACCUGAUCUAUAUAAUUGAGUCUUUGGACGCCCAGUGUAUCCUGAGGGAGCUGAGCUCUCGCAAAAUCGCCUCUGUAGAGUACUAUCAGUCUAUAAAGAAGCAAUGUGGUGCCUCUGUGUUUGCUGAGAUGCUGGUAGAAGACAUUCAUGUAUCUGGGAGAGACGCUGUGCUGGGAUUCUGGGAAAGUCUCUAUGUUCUACAGAAUGAUCACCCUCACCCCAACCUGCUGGGGGCGUUGGAUGAACUCACUCAAACAGAUAAGCUUGAGCAGUCGAUUCUUCUGGACAAGCAGGGUCCUGAAUUGCAUGAACGUCUUCAAGCCUGCCAGUUACAACACAAACAGUAUCUUCAGGAGAAGACCCAGAACCUGGUAGAACACAGAGCCCCAGGAUUAACCAAUAAAAGUCAGAGUUUCCAUAUCUCUGAGCGCUAUUUGGACCUCAUUGUUGUCUCCAGUAAUCACUUUAGGACACAUUCUCAACACGAGCUGAUUGCAACAGGGGGAAUCCAUGAACAUUACUUACAGAGAGCUCAGAGUAACCUGGAGAGGAUUAGCCCUAACCGGCUGUUCCGCUGGUGCCACAGAAAGAGAAGUGUGCCAAAGACAGUGCUGGUGAGCGGAGUGCCAGGGGUGGGGAAAACCACAUUAAUGCAGAAGUUUGUCUAUGACUGGGCCAAUGGAAACCUCUACCAGAGAUUUGCCUUUGUCUUCUUCUUCAAAUUCCGGGAUCUCAACACAAUGGGCAAGACCAGUCUGGCACAAAUGAUCCUCAGUGAAUAUCCAUAUCUCCGUGGUGACCUUGAGCAAAUCUUUCUAAAUCCAAAAAAUCUCCUUUUUAUUUUUGAUGGUUUAGAUGAAAGCAAAAACCAGGUGGAUUUCAAGUCCUCCCAUUUGUGUAACGAUCCACAAUCCUCUGGGGACAGCAGCAUCAUUGUGGUCAGUUUGGUAAAACAGACUCUUCUCGAAGGCUGUUCCGUGCUCAUAACCAGCCGCCCAACCAGAGUGGCGGAAAUCGACGUUGAUAUUUUUCAUCGAAUGUCACAAAUUGUGGGAUUCUUCCCCAAACAGAGGGAAAUGUAUUUUCAGCAUUUUUUUAAAAAUACGUUAGCGGCAGAGAAGGCGUUCCAUUACGUGAGGGAAAACGGAAUUCUAUACACGUUCUGUUACAUCCCGGCUUAUUGCUGGAUCAUCUGUACGGUGUUAGAAAUGUCUUUCAAAACGCAGGGAAGUAAUGACCCGACGGGUUUUUUAUUUCCCAAAACGGUGACACAGCUGUUUGUGGCUUUUGUCAGCAAUAUUUUGACCAAUCACAAUCAAGAUGUUUCUCAUGCUAAGAAAGCAUUGACAGAGCUUGGUUUGCUGGCGGAAUAUGGACUCAGUAACCAGGCUCUUGUGUUUGAGGAAGAAGACGUGCAGCCUUAUAUCACAAACACUAACUCACACAUGGUGUCAAGCUUUAUAGUAGAAUCUGGCCAACCUCCCCGUUUGUCCUAUUCCUUCUUCCACUUAACAGUACAAGAGUUUCUGGCUGCUCUGCUUCACUACCUUGACUGUUCUUCUGAAAAGCUAAAAGAAACUCUUACGAACACAAGAUCUUUUGAGGAUGGUCGUAGGGAAAUAUUCCUUCGUUUUAUAUCUGGGCUCUCCGACAACUCCACCAGGUCACUGUUGAAACCAUUUGUAGGAACAUUAUCAGCUCAAGCUUCCAAGGAUGUCAUAAGCUUUCUCCAGGAGUCGGUCACUCAAGCUUGGAAUCCGGAUAGGCAAGAUGCCGACAAGAGGAAGAUUCUCAAUGUAUUUGCCUGCCUCGCUGAGUCCAGGAAUAAGGGCCUUGUGUCCUCAUCCAUUGGAUCAAACCAAGAAUUUGAUUUUGUUGAUUUCUACCUGGCACCUCUGGACUGCACAGUGUUGGCUUUUAUCCUAGAAUCCUGUGGUGAAACAGAACUUCUAGACCUAAGUUCUUGUUUUAUUCAGAGCGAAGGAUUGGAGAGGCUUGCACCAGCUCUUCAUAACAUUGCUGUUCUCAACCUUACCAACAAUAACCUCAGAGAUGAAGACAUGCGAUAUAUUCAUUCCAUAUUAACCAACCCUCAGUGCCGGAUCAGAACUCUCAGGCUCCAGGAGAUCAAGCUGACCCCAGAGUACGCCGCAUUCCUGCUCUCCCUGACUAACAACCCCAACCUUACUGACCUCAAUAUCAGCUGCAAUUUCUUCAGCGAUACUGGUUACCCCCAUAUACAGCAACUGAUACUGGAGCACCCCAGCCUGAAGCAGAUCAGGGUGGGGAUGAAUUCCUUUUCUGACAAAACAGAAAACAAAUUACAGCAGCUUCAAAGACAAAGACCGGGUGUGAAAAUUAUCAUGUGAUGAAGAGUAACUAACCAACAAUCACACAAGGAAGUGCUAUGUAUAAUUUGUAUAUUGUUACAGACAGGUGUAUCCAAAGCUGGUCACCUGACUGGAGCAGCGCCGGGAAGAGUGGCCUUGGGGUAUAGCUUGGUGGCCUUUUAGGGUGAAAAUUGAGGUGAACGGGUCAUUUAAUCUCCGAGAUACACCUGAAAGCCCAGACUGAAAGGGUAAGAUUUGGGGUAGAUAUCCUGUAACUAUGUCUUAAUGAGUGAUGGACCUAUAUAUUCCUAUAUCUGUACUCAUUCCAUGGGUCCCUGGGCCCAAAGGUUGGACCUAUAAGUCCAAGUGGAACUUGAACUGGAAAUGUUUGCAGCCACGGAUAUAGAAUCUAAGUACCUCCAUCAUAAUAUACAGUGCAGCCGUGUCUGUGGCCCCCCUGUAGCUAAUUUGUCCAUCAACAUAGAAUGCCCUGAGGGCAUCAGUGUUGCAACCUUGGGGAAUUACUGCAGCCACCAAGACUUGGUUAGAGACUUUUUAUCAAGGCCAAAGAUCCAAUCCAAGAUGGCGCUGGCCAUCCAAGACCAGGCUUGAAAUUCUAAUGCAGAUUCAUCAGGACAAGAAUAUACCUGUUUCCAUGGGACUCCACAGUGGUCAACUCUUCAGCCUUUUUCGAUAUGGCAACAAGGUCUAAAUCAAUGUGACUCUUAUUGAGAAGAUCAUGAUGAUUCCAUGAUUCCAUUUUUUUUCAUUUGUUAUGACGAUAGACGAUUACCACUACGUCUAUUAGUAGACAAUCACUACCUCUUGAUUAGGUUGCCUCCAUGAUAGGACAACUUUAGAAUAUGGCUUGCCCAGACAUACCUUAACGUUCCUACUAAAUGUACCUUAAGGUAUUAUAGGAAGGAGAAAGCUCAGGUUCUGGUGUUGCUGGAAACUCGUUUGAGGAAUGGGGAUCUUUAUACAGGGUAUUUUGGUUACAAUGGCAUUGCCCUACUGCAGGGGUGGGCAAACUAGGGCCCCCGGGUCACGUCCGGCCCGUUCGGCUUUUUAAUCCGGCCCGCAGACUUCACAAGUCUCAUCACAUGAGACUUGGACUGACAAGCGGAGAUGGCGUAACGCUGGCCCGCCCGGCCCGUCUGUCAAGCCCCCAGCCCGUCUGUUGGCCCCUGAGCCAAAAGGUUUGCCCACCCCUGCCCUACUGUGUGACUGGGCCAUGUUCAAGUGUUUCUUACAUUGCUUGGUGCAUACAAACAUGGAUAGGAUAAGCCAGGGGAUGAUUUUAAUUCUGUGAUCAUUUAUGAACUGGAGAGAUGCUACAGACCCACCAGGUCAUUAUAUUGACAUAUUAUAGUAGCUUUAAUGCAUACAAAUAGUGCACAAGGAAACUUGGUAGAUGCCUAGUGUGAGUGCAACCCAUGUAGCCAAGUUCCAUGCCAGUAUUGACAUACUUGGCUCUCAGCCUCAGGUUCUACUGUCCCUGGUCCAAUCGUUCUCUGGUCAGGCCACUGCUAGAACAAGAACACAAAUAGCUUUAUAAACUAAAUACUAUAAUGGUUGUUCACUAUUGAGUUAGAAGAAGAAGACAAAUAAAUAAUGAAGACCAAAUGAUAAACAGACACAGGACCUGCCUGCUUACUGAUAUGGUCACAGUUUUUCCAACAUACCUGUACCUACCUAGUAGGCCAAUUUAGCUGUGUGCAAAAUGUAUAGCUGUAAUACCAAUAGAUUCCAGUAGGUAGCGCCACAAGAUCAUUGGCCCAAAGAUGGUAUUUAUGUAAAGCAAAAAAAUUUGCCAGGAGCUACGUCAGUGAUUCACAACCAGUGGCUAAGAAGCAACAUGUUGCUCUCCAACCCCUUGGAUGUUGCUCCCAGGGGCCUCAAAGUAGGUGCUUAUUUUUGAAUUUUUGGCAUGGAGGAAAGUGUUGAUUGCAUAGAACCCAGUGUAAAGCCAAACAGAGCCUUCUAUAGGCUGCCAGUCCACAUAGGGGCUACCAAAUAGGCAAGUAUAGCUCUUAUUGGUACCCCAAAGAACUUUGUCCAUGCUUGCGUUGCUCCCCAACACUUUUUCCAUUUAAAUGUGGCUCAUGGGUAUGAAAGGUUGGGGAUCCCUGAGCUACGUAGUUGUAAGGACUGUAGGAUUUAAAUUACUUUACUUAGGCUCCUCUGAGGCAGGCAAGCCAUUUAAGUGAACUUUAUUUAGAGUUGGGCUCCUAAAGGUGGUCCCAAUUAUGGUAUGUUUUUUCCAAGUACAAUGGAAGUUUCCCCUGCAGUUCAGGAGUGCCCACUAUGUGGCGGUGUUCUCCAGUAUUAAGGAUGACCCACAUGUUAGAGGUCUUUUUCCUAGGACUUCAGCUCACUGAGAGGUAGCUACAGGAGUUAGUUCAGUUAGCAUAGUAGAACUGUUAUAGUCACUCUAGGGGUAAGAAGUGAAAAAAGGGUUAUUUAGUUGAGAUUACUUUCCGGCAUUAUUGGCCGUAUCUUAAGGAAAUCUCAGUGUUAAGCUCAGGGCAUAGGUAGAACCCGAAAUGGGAAGAUCACUAGGCGUGGACAUUCUCCUAAAUUGGAAAUGGUUGAGGAGAUAUGCAUGUCACUUAUAACUCAUAAAUAAAGAAGCUAUUGUUGGUUCACAAGUA